AUGGCAACUGAAAUAGAAAUAGAAAUAGAAACGAGCUUGCUGGUGAUCGUUUUGGAUGUAAAUUCAUUACAACGGAUAGUAAAGCAAGAAAUGAAGAUAUUAUCACAGUGUUUAGACUCCACAAUUGUCUUUGCGAAAGCUCAUCUCGUGCAGUCAUCUAAUAAUGAAUUGGCAAUAAUGGCAUGUCAUGGUCACAGUGCUAAAUUCCUCUACCCUUAUAAAACCACAGCAGAAAUAAGGCAGAUGGAUGACCAGUAUGAAAAGUUUACCAUGGUGGAACGUACAGUGCGUCAACAAUUACAGCAGGUUAUCAACGAAGUCCCUAUUCCACUGAACACAAAAAGUCUCAUUUCUAAUGCGCUCAGCAUGGCAUUGUGCUAUAUCGCUCGAUUAAAGAGAGAAAAGUUUGCCGGUCAGAAGUUGCAUCCUAGAAUAAUAGUCAUUACAGCCAGCAACGACUCAGCAACUCAGUACAUGAACUACAUGAAUAUAUUCUUCACUGCACAGAGAAUGAAUGUCAUUUUGGAUGUGUGCAGUCUGGAUCAGGAGCUGACAUUGUUGCAACUAGGCUGUGUCAUUACUGGUGGCAAUUAUUUGAAGGUGCCACAGCUUGAUGAUUACUGCAGGAUUUAUUGGUAA